GCCAAGCAUCUCUGACAGGGAGGAGAACUGUCUGUCAGCUCAUGCACACUGCUUUGGAUGGCUGUGCACAGCACAGCCUUGCAAAGCAUUGUGAUUAUAGUGAAGCACAGACACAGACACAACUAAAACAGCUCACAGUUAACCCUUUGAUCGCCCCUCAUGUUAACCCCUUCCUGCCCAGUGCCAUUAGUACAGUGUCAGUGCUUUUUUUUUUUUAGCACUGAUCACUGUAUUGGUGUCACUGGGGUUGUCAGUGACACCAAAUCAGUUCACUCCAGUGUCAGAAUGCCCAUCACAGUCCUGCUCUAAGCUGCUGAUCACCACCAUUACAAGUAAAAAAUAAAUAAAAAUAAAUUCCAAAAUCUAUACCGCCAUUUGUAAAUGUUAAACCUUUCAUGU